UGUUUGGUUGGUUUGUGACACAGAAGGAGGAGGAGGUCAUGUGACUGUGCUCAGGUAAACCACCUGAACAGGAAGAGAAGCUGUCAGUGUACCUACACGACAACCGAGUGUGUGUGUGUGUGUUUAUCAUGAAUGUGUGUGUUUUCCCUGUGUGUGUGUUUAUCAUGAAUGUGUGUGUUUUCCCUGUGUGUGUGUGUGUGUGUGUGUGUGUGUUUAAUGUUUGUUUAGUGUGUGCAUGAGUUUAGUGUGUACCUUUAGGUGUGUGUGUAUUUGUGACCGUCCAUCAUGGUUCAGUCCGAUCAGCUGCAGCGUUCAUCCGGUGCUGAGGGUGGUACUUCCUGUUGUCUCCCUCAGGUCUCACCAGCGCUCGGUUGCUGCGUUGCCGUGGCAAUGUUCCACCGCAGGAAGAAGAGGCGCAGGCCACAGAUCUCUGCGCCACAGGACUUCCAGCACCGUGUCCACACUUCCUUCGAUGUGGCCUCCGGACGCUACGUGGGUCUGCCGCCACAGUGGCAGAGCGUCAUUGACACACUGAGGAGGCCACGCCCCCUGGUGGACCCCUCCAGGAUCACUGAGGUCGAGCUCAAGAAGACGAUUGUUCGCGGGAGUUUUAUUGGUCAUGGCGACUACAUCUCACACGUGAUCUCUGAGAUGAGCCGUCUGUCUGUCACCAGCUCCAACUCUCUGCGCCGCAGCAGCCCUUCGGCACGGAAACGCGCCCAGUCGCUGGGCCGACUGGGAGAAGUGGAGGAGGACGAGUCGUACCAGUACGAGGAGCUCAAUUGUCGCGGCGACGGCGGGAAGACGGACGGGAGCUCCACCUACUGGCAGGACAGGAUCCGACAGGUGCGCAGCGAAAGCGGCAGCCCCAAACUGAACGGAACUCUGCAGAGAGCCAAGUCCACCUGCGAGGUGGCCACGCCCCGCACACCUGUGACGCCUCAGAGGACAGGCGUGACGACGGGUUCUACAGGCGUGACAACGGGUUCUACAGGCGUGUCGGGUUCUACAGGCAUGACUGGUUCCCCAGGAGGACAGUACGCCCGCAGUGAGGGGGCGGGGCUUAGACAGAGGCCCACUUCCUGUCACUACAACCUGCCGACUGCAGAGACCAACAGCAGAGCUCACCUGAGACUGAAACCAGCAGCCAAUCACUUGCCCGACCUGCUGUCCUCGUCCAGAGAAACUCCCAGAAGGCCUUACUCCUCCUACGACCUCAAGGUGCCCUCGCCCUCCUCCCCCCUCCUGCUGCCACCACCCAAUAGCACCAGCAGCCCCAUCAUCACAGGUCGAUCUCACCGCCCGCUCCGCCCCUCCUCCAGCUUCAGUAUCGGACAUUCUCCAAGAACACCGACCCCGCUGACUCAGCCCCGCCCCUCCCCCACAGGCUCCCCGGCACACCUCCCCAGCCGCUCCUCCCCCUCCUCCACCCAGCAGACGGUACCUAACGGAGGUGGGAAGGUGACUCAUGAGCAGUUCAAGGCGGCGCUGCAGAUGGUGGUGGACCCGGGCGAUCCGAGAAUGACUCUGGAGAACUUUGUGAAGAUCGGCGAGGGGUCAACGGGCGUGGUCUGCAUCGCCCGGGAGAAACACAGCGGGCGCCAGGUGGCCGUGAAGAUGAUGGAUCUGAGGAAGCAACAGCGCCGCGAGCUGCUCUUCAACGAGGUGGUCAUCAUGAGGGACUACAGGCACCAGAACGUGGUGGAGAUGCACCGCAGCGCUCUGGUGGAGGAGGAACUCUGGGUAAUCAUGGAGUACCUGCAGGGCGGCGCUCUCACCCACAUCGUCAGUGAGACCAGGCUGAACGAGGAGCAGACGGCGACGGUGUGUGAGGGCGUCCUGCAGGCGCUGUCGUACCUUCACUCUCAGGGAGUCAUUCACAGAGACAUUAAGAGCGACUCCAUCCUGCUGACACUGGACGGAAGGAUCAAACUGUCAGACUUUGGUUUCUGCGCUCAGAUCAGUAAAGACGUCCCAAAGAGGAAGUCUCUGGUCGGGACGCCGUACUGGAUGGCUCCUGAAGUCAUCGCCAAAAGACCGUACGGGACCGAGGUGGACAUCUGGUCUCUGGGCAUCAUGGUGGUGGAGAUGGUGGACGGAGAGCCGCCAUAUUUCAGCGACACGCCCAUCACCGCCAUGAAGAAGCUAAGAGACGAAGCAGCACCGGGCGUGAAGAACAUCCACAGGGUGUCUCCGGUGUUGAAGGACUUUCUGAGCUGCAUGCUGACUCGUGACACGAAGCAGCGUUCCAGCGCUGCCGACCUGCUGAAGCACCCGUUCCUGCUGCAGGCUGGCUCGCCGCGCUGCCUGGUGCCGCUGGUGGAGCAGCACCGCAAACGCAUGUCACUCUGCUGAACACCUGAGAACACGCCUGAGACCUGAGACUUUUGGGUGAUCUGAUCACUAAUGGACACGUUACCGAUGCAGCUCGUCAACAGACGACCACACACAGUGAUUCCUAACGCUACUAAAGGAUCUGCGUUAGCUUAAAAUCACGUGACGCUCACUGAUGAAACUUGACCUCUCACCUGAGGAGCCGAUCUCCAGACCUGUGGCUCGCCAGGAAAUGUAUUUGUUGCCAUUGUCGUUGAAAUGACUGUGGGUCGUUUAACUCGGCAUUUUCCUCGACCUCAACAACUUGUCUCUCCUCGUCCACUCUCUGACAUGUAGAGACGGAGCUGAGGACAAAUGUCCAGCUGCCACGAGGAGCAGAAGAGCUGCUGUCUCACGGGUGGCGAGGCUGGAAGUAGGACAGUGGCGUGAAGAGUCGCAGUGCAGCGCGUCCAUUAAUGCCGCCGCAUGUCCAGCUGCUGCUGGUACGAUACAAACUGGGCGGUGUCAGUUGAAGAGGCAGCGGGCAACAACCCAACUCGUCAAGUACUGCCGCUUUGUCAGUGGACGUGUCAGACAUGUUUGCACAGAGAAGCCUUUUGCAGCGCUAUGAUACGAGCUGGGUGGCGUCAGUUUGUGAUGUCGUCAACAGCUUCAGUGAUAUAAAGAGCGAGAGAGUCCGUACGGGGCGGACGGGCGGACGGGCGGAGAGGGGGGCGGCUCAAACAACCCGCCGCUGGUUCUCAUAUGAAUUUUAAGCCAGUCCAUGAUGUUUUGAUCGAAACCUAACCACAGACACUACCUUUAUUUUGACACUCUACAUUUUUGUUUAUUUUGAGACAACACAGUGUUUAUUGACACGCUGUCUCAGAACCUUUGAAUCGGACGCAGACGGUUACCGAGUGCUUCAUAUGUAGACAUGUACGACCACUGGCUGAGCGGCGGUAUUUGACAAGUUGUGAUGAGGCCGUGUUGGGAUUGUACGUAUGAAAUAAUGAGGCAGCUGUGUCGUUUGGCAGCAGUGUGUCAACCUCAGCAUUACUGUCACGUCUCAGAGUGUCUCAGUAGCCGAGUGGUUACAGUGCACGCCUCGUUACAGCAGCAUCUUAGAUUUAACUCCAGACUUAACACCUUUGUUACGAGUCAUCCCCCUCUCUGUCCUCGUUUCCUGUCCACUCUGUCACUGAUCAAAAAAAAAAAGAAAAAAAAAAAAAAUUAGUAUACAUCUGGAGCGAGCGCUUGUGAUCGGAUCGCACCUCCCCAAAUAAACAUGUAACAUUUCAGUCACCUUCAGGAGACGACUGCUGCAGGAGUGUGAGCUCCCUGUUGAGACAGCUGCUGAGAGUCCGUCCACACACAGUGACAGGGCUAACUGUUAGCAUCACACGGCUAACUGUUUGCAUCACAUAGCUAACUGUUAGCAUCACACGACUAAGGGCUCAUUUAUGCUCCCUUUACGUACAAAAAUGUAUACGUCCAUUUCAAACGAUGUUACCGUCACUGCCCACAUACUUCCAUGCGCCCUUUACGUUGGCAUGGAUGUUAACCAAUAUAUCCACCAGGAGGCAGCCCAGCGUCAAAAGUUUAUGACAACAACAAACUCAAAAACAAACAUGGCGACUGUGGAGGAGAUAUUGAUAAUGUACCUCUUGCAUAAAAGACAAAAACAGAGGCAGCGUUGUAGGAGGCGGUGGUCGGUGAGGCCGUUAAAUACAUCGCGACUGGAGGGUGGAGUAUUCUUUUCUUUAGUACUGCCGAUGAAAGAAAUUGAAUUGUUAUUUCUUCUUCGUGUCUCACUAGAGCUACGUAUCAGGUAGUGACAGCAACACUGCCCCCACGGUUCCCGGUGGUACUGCUCUGUUUGGCCCGUAUCCGUAAGCUUUAUGGAAACGUGCAGAAAUACUGACGAAAUGAACGCAGAGCACGGACAGAAGGCUCCGUCCGUAUCCAGAUCUGUAUUUAACGUUGAGCAUAAAUGGGCCUUAACUGUUAGCAUCACACGACUAACUGUUUGCAUCACACAGCUAACUGUUAGCAUUGCACAGCUAACUGUUUGCAUCACACAGCUAACUGUUAGCAUUGCACAGCUAACUGUUUGCAUCACACAACUAACUGUUAGCAUCAAACGGCUAACUGCUAGCAUCACACGGCUAAUCGUUAGCAUCACAUGCAUAACGUUACCUAACAGUUACUGACAGGUUUAACGACGAGUCGGUGCUGCUGCUCUAGCUCCUGCUGACCAGGCAGACGUUGAUCUAAUAGAGUGCCGAAGUCACGCCCCUUCUGGUAGAGCUCAUGGGGCCUUAGAUCGGAAAAAAUAUGAAUAGCAGUGAAUGAGGACAGAAAUAUUAUCUUUUGGUCCCGUUUGAGUUGUGACAUGAAAUCUAAAUAUGUCGUUAAUGAAUUUAAAACAUAAAUUUUAAGGUCAAGAAAGUCAUACUUUGUGGUAAAACUGUUGAGAUAUAAGCUUUUGAAAAAAACGUAAUUAGAAAGACUACACAGGAGGCAGUCGCGUAUGUGACGUCAUAGCUUUCGCUCACUCCCUGCAGCUUGGAAUGACUGCAACCUGGCACAAAACACACAGACAUCUUCAAUCAUAAAUCGAUUAAUCAUGAAACAGUGGAAUUUCAGCGGGGAGGCCAAGCUGCAGGAAGCGAGCGAAAGCUGUGACGUCACAUACACGACCGCCUCCUGUGUACUAGAUUUCAUGUCUCAACUCAAACGGGACCAAAAGAUAAUAUUUCUCUCCUCAUUCACUGCAUUCAUAUUUUUUCCGAUCUAAGGUCCCAUGAGCUCUACCGGAAGGGGCGUGACUUCGGCACUCUAUGGUUCACCGGCAGGACAGCGGCUCGGCGGCGGUCCUUCAGCGCUGUGUCUGAGCGAGGAUGUCAGCUGAGUGGGCGGUCCUUCAGUGUGGCCGUUCACACUACUGUAAGAAUGUGGUCAUGUGACCUCAGAUUGUGAUGUUGGACAACAGCAACAGGGGAACCUCUUGAAUUCAUAAAUAUUAUAACAUUUUAGGUUCCGUCAUGUUUCUGUGUGGAAUGAAGGAGGAUUCAUUUUAGAAGACAGACUCAGACCUGACAGUCGGUAACACGCUGUAAGAAGUGAUGGUGUGGGUACAAACUGUGUCGGCGUGACAGUGAUAAAUUUUUUAGGAGCACUGAAGUAAUAAACCACGUUAGCAACAAGAGUUCAGGUCGUACUGUUACAUUUUCAAUGUCACGUAACGCGUUACACCACCGACUGCUGUAUAGAAAGGUGCCGCCAGUGAUGACAUAUCUGGGUGAUGUCAUCAUGUGUGUGCAUUAGUAUGUUGGAUGUGUUUCCCUUCACGUCUCCUACGACUGCAGAGCAUCAGCACACAGUCCUGUUCUUUCGACCGGCACAGCGGGAACCGGCAGAUGGGUCUCUCAGCUCCGGUGUUUUAAUUUGCUCUUGUCAGUGACUGACUCGACUUUCUGAUCUUAAUCUGUGAUUUAUUUUCUCUUGAAUCUGGUAGAUUUACGACUUGAUACUUAAAAUCUAAAUGUUUUUAAGGCGGUCCUGAUCCGGCUUCACAGCACAGAGACAGCAAACCAUGAAAAUUCACUUUUACUGAAACAGAACAUUUCAAUCACACAUUAGAGUUAAAAUAAUUAAAAUAGAGCAAAGUAUUUUCUGGAGUUUUGAAUCUUUAAAGGGAAAAUUAUUUAUUUAUUUUUUAUUUUAUAUGAGGUAUUUACCCAGUCAGUGUGUAGAGGCAGGCAUUUAAAGGUGCGGACACACCAAACCGACAUCAAAGAACUAGCAGUGACGAAAGCCAACUGUUGUGUCGUCUACGUCGCCUCACGUCACCCUGUGUCAGUUGCAUUUGAACACACUACACGGACUACAUCCGACGGCCAAGUAGCACGUACGUUCUGCGCCUGCGUGAGAGAGAGCGGAGUGAGAGAGUGGUACAUCCUGUCAGCCGAGGGGUUUCCUAUCUGUGCAGCCGAGCACCGCAGCACCUCCACGGACUAUUACAUCCAGACGGUCCCGGUGUUUCCUCCGCAGGCUCCACUUCACUCAGCUGCCCGAUAAACCCGCUGCUUCUUCCCACUUUAACCUGAAUAACAAACCAGGGCUCGGUGCUCCGGUUGGAUCCAAACGGAGAGCCGGGGCUAGCUCAGAGACUAGCGGAGGCUAACUGGCUGUGCUUCCCUCCGGUCAUGCUGCGGCUAACGCUCCGCUAGCCGCUCCCAGCUAGCUCCGGUUUGUUAUUCAGGUUAAAGUGUGAAGAAGCAGCGGGUCUGUGGGGCAGCUGAGUGAAGUGGAGCCUGAGGAGGAAGCACCGGUUAGCCCCGGUUUCACUACAGGCAGAUUCACUCGCUACAGGGGCGAGGAAAUAAAACCUGAACAGCCGAUCAGAGUGAUCUCUCUCACCGACAAGCUCCGCCGCCGAUUCAACAUGCUCAAUCGGCCGAAAAGCUGCCGACGCCGAAGUGCCAACGGUGCGGGACACACCGCAAAAACUAGGGCGACAGACGCUCACCGACGGCCCAACUUUGGUCGACGGCCGACCGUCAGCUUGGUGUGUCAGGACCAUUAGAUCAGUGAUGUCCUGCUGUGGGCGGAGCAGCAAAAACUGAUUUUACACACCUUAAAAAAUCAAUAUCAGUGUUAUAUUGAUCAUAUUUUCAACUUUAAACUGGAGCUGUUAUAUCUCUCUCGUCACAGCCAGACUCCAGUGAUAAAAACAGUGAUUUAACAUGAGUGAACUCAGAGCUGCUGGUCGACUGCUGCCUCCAUCAGUUAGUGUGUUUGUGUCACUGUGUGACUUUGGUGUUUUAAAGGGUUAAUUCAGAUUCACCAGUGUGACACAAACACACUAAUUGGUGGAGGCAGCAGUCGACCAGCAGCUCUGAGUUCACUCAUGUUAAAUCACUGGUUUUCUCACUGGAGUCUGGCUGUGACGAGAGCAGAGAUGUAACAGCUCCAGUUUCCAUCAGAAAUGUUAAAAUAAUAUCAAUACAUCGAACGCGUUAACUGAUUUAGAUUUUUCAGGUAAAAUACAUCUUGUUGCUGACUCCGCCCACAUCAUGACAUCACUGAGCGUCAGACUGCAGCCUGCCUCGCCACACUGACUGUGGAGAAAUAGUUGAUACAACUUCUCUUUAAAACAUCUGGAUUUCCCCUUCAGACCAUGAAACUUGACUCCUGUUGAGACACAGAUCCUGUUUGCAUGGUAUGGAUAAUAAUUAGAAGUGGGUUUAUUUUAAAAACUUGCACAGUUUUACGCAGAAUGUGAGUUUGCACAUGUUUGUUCAAAUGUUUUAUUUUAAUACAGAUGUUAAUAAAGUUGAUGCUAUUUUCAAAAA